CAUAGCUUGAGCACACAAUUCUACAUACCUUCUGAUCAUAAAAAGCUUUAAACUGGCACUUGAAGCAUGAGGGCUAGAGCUACAAGCAUGCAACUUUUUAUACUAUUACUUGUGGUUUGGCUUCUAAAAAACCAAAUCUUGGAGAGCUAUGGAUGCCUCAGCGUAGAGCGCGAGGCGCUUCUCGCAUUCAAGUCCGGUGUCGUCGAUCCACGAAACUGCUUGUCUUCUUGGGAAGGCUCUGACUGCUGCAGAUGGAAGGGAGUUCGGUGCAACAAUAAAACUAGCAAAGUUGAGAAGCUCAUCCUUAGAUUGGCUUGUGGAACUUCCUCAGGCACAAGCUAUGAAGGUUUGCUGAACACAAGUAUAAAGGGAAAUUUAUCUGGCUGGCUCGAACAUAUGACGAGUCUUACGUAUCUCGAUGUCAGCAAUAACUUCCUCAAUGGUCCGAUACCUGUAGGGAUAAAUAAUUUAUCUAAUCUAAUUUUUCUUGAUCUUUAUGGAAAUUCGUUUGCUGGGGUUAUAUCUGAAACUCAUCUUAUGAACUUCACAAGAUUAAAGUCACUAUGGAUGGGCGGCUCAUCUCUUGAGUUGAAGGUGGAUGAUAAUUGGGUGCCUCCUUUUCAAGUGCAAGAAUUAGUUUUGAGCUCAUGUCGAUUGGGUCCACGAUUUCCAAGAUGGCUCCAAUUGCAACAAGAAAUUGAACUCUUAGAUUUGUCGGACAACGGGAUCGCAGACACUAUUCCUUAUUGGUUUUGGAACAUUUCCUCAUCUAUCAUGAUCAUAGACCUUUCCAAUAACCAAAUUAACGGCAUGUUGCCAUCUUCUUUGGAAAAUAUGACAUCAUUAGAGGUGUUAAAUUUAGGUUCUAACCAUUUACAUGGAUUCUUACCAUUUUUGCCUGAUUUUUUAGUAUGGCUUGAUUUCUCAAACAAUAUGUUUUUUGGAUCACUUCCAUGGUCUUUCUUCAAGCCAAAUCUGUUCACUGUUCUUCUCUCGAACAACUCCAUUAGUGAUUGCAUCCCAUCAUCUAUAUGCAACAUGCAAUCUUUGUUCGAACUUGACAUGUCGAGCAACAAAUUAUUUGGUGAGCUGCCAAAUUGCUGGUAUGGUGCAUCAAAGUAUUUGAAUGUUAUAGACUUAUCCAAUAACAAGCUAUCAGGACAACUUCCUGACUCAUUGGGCUCUGUCCGUAAUCUUGAGUUCUUACACUUAAACAAUAACACCAUAAAUGGAGAACUUCCUUCUUCUUUACAGUAUUGCCCAUUAGUACUACUUGAUCUCGGGCAAAACAAGUUAUCGGGCGAGAUUCCUACGUGGCUAGGAAAGUUAACAGAGCUUACAAUUCUUCGGUUGAUGUCAAAUAUGUUUGCCGGCAACAUUCCUGCAGAGCUCGGACAACUUGAGAAUCUUCAAAUAUUGGAUCUUUCUUGGAACAAUCUAUCAGGAAACAUACCUCAAUCUUUUGGUAAUUUCCAUGCAAUGGCUUCAACCAAGUUAUCUACAUACAAGCCUAAUAUAGAUUUGGUUUAUAUUAAUUUUGUUCUAGAACAAACAAUCGAUGGAAAUACAUUAGAGUACCCGUUGUAUCAAAAUUAUUCCAGUGAAAAAUUAUAUAUUGAAACCAAAGGGUCGGAUCUUCAAUAUUCCAAGAACCUCUAUCUUGAGAGGAGCAUGGACCUCUCAGGUAACAACCUUUGUGGUGUGAUUCCUGAGGAAUUAUUCGAUCUAUCAGCACUGCAUAAUUUGAACUUAGCAAGAAAUCACUUAAAGGGAAGGAUUCCUGAUAAGAUAGGAAACUUACGGUCUUUGGAGUCUCUCGAUCUUUCUAUGAACGAAUUAAAUGGAACCAUCCCCCAGAGUAUAACGGCCUUGACAUCUCUGGGCAGCUUGAAUUUAUCGAACAAUAACCUCUCAGGAAGGAUUCCAUCUGGAGAUCAAAUACAGACACUGCUUGAUCCUACUAUAUAUGCUGGCAAUCCCUAUCUCUGCGGUCCCCCGAUUUCGAACAAUUGCUCCGAAAAUGAACCGACAUAUACUCCUGAUGAGAAGAAACAACACAAUGGUGGCUUGGAGAACAUAGAAAUUUAUCUCGCUAUGGGAUUGGGAUUUAUUGUGGGGCUUUGGGGAGUUUAUGGUGUGUUGCUCUUCAAAUCUAACUGGAGAAAUUCUUACUUCUACAUGAUUGAUAAGAUGUAUCAUAGACUUUUUUCUUGCAACUGAAGAGCGAUAAGAUUAUAUACAAUAGAAAAUGAAGAGUGUUGUACUCAUAUACUUAAACAAGUAUUGUAUUCUACUCUAGUGUUUUUUUGUUUUGGUUUUUUUUUUAAAUGAAGAGUGUUGUAUGCAUAUACUUAAAAAGAAGAGUGUUGUAUGCAGAGUGUUGUAUGCAUAUACUUAAAAUGAAGAGUGUUGUAGAAAAUGAAGAGUGCUUAAAAUGAAGAGUGUUGUAUGCAUAUACUUAAAAAAGUAUUCCACUCUAGUGUAAACAGAUUUUGGA